CUUAGCAGAUGCUAGCGGAUCCAUAGAGCUGCUCCACCUGGUGGGGUGUGAGGAGAAGAGCAGGUGCAUGCUGCAGCCAUUGUCCAGGCUGGCCCUGGAGGAGCAGUGUCUGGCCUUGUCCCUAGACUGGUCCACGGGAAAAACUGGAAGGGCCAGCGAGCAACCCUUGAAGAUCAUCAGCAGUGACUCCAAGGGGCAACUUCACCUCCUGGUGGUGAGCGAGACGGAUCCCAGACUGCAGAAAGUGGUCUCGUGGCAGGCCCAUAACUUCGAGGCCUGGAUUGCUGCUUUCAAUUAUUGGCAGACAGAAGUCGUGUAUUCAGGGGGAGACGACGGCCUUCUGAAAGGCUGGGACACCAGGGUACCUGACACGCCUCUGUUCACCAGUAAGAGACACUCCAUGGGUGUGUGCAGCAUCCAGAGCAGUCCCCAUCAGGAGCACCUCUUGGCCACAGGAAGCUACGACGAGCAUGUCCUGCUGUGGGACACGCGGUGCAUGAAGCAGCCGUUGGCGGACACACUGGUGCGGGGCGGGGUGUGGAGGCUUAGGUGGCACCCUUUCCACUGCCACCUGCUCCUGGCAGCCUGCAUGCAUGGUGGCUUCACGGUCCUCAACUGCCAAGAAACGACAGAGAAGCAGGAGGCGAUGGUCUUGGGGUCCCACACAUUGCCCCACUCGCUGGUGUACGGAGCCGACUGGUCCUGGCUCCAUCCUCCACAGCUCGCCUCCUCAUGGUCCCUUCGUAGUGGCAUGGGAGGCAAGACGGCAGACCAGAAGGUUGAAGGCGAGCCGCUAGCACCCUCUGUGGAAUGCGUCGUGCGUGAUGAUGGGCAGGGCUGUGCCCGACUCCCAGGCAGAGUCAAGCCACUCACAGAGGACACAGGGCAGAGUGGUGCCCGACUGCAGGCCACGGCAGCUCAGGCCUGUGCCUGCAGCCUGUCCCUGGAAGAGGCGAAUUUGGAUGCUGGUCUCCUGGCCACAUGCUCCUUUUAUGACCAUGUUCUCCACCUCUGGAAGUGGGAGGCGAAGUGGCCUCAUCCCGAAGACCACGCCCACAGAUAAACCAGGAGGGAGACUCAGAGCUGCCCACAGGCAGUGUCACUGGAGAUGCUGCCUGCAGCCCUGCAGAUGACUGGCUGUGGAAUCUACUGUAGGCAGUCGACAGCUGUUGGCUUGUCUUAGAAAACAGACUGCUGGUGCUCACCUUGCCUGUGACUCCUUUCCCAGGUGAAAUGAUUCUGCCUGGCAGGUGGGGGAGGGGUGAAAGACUUGGUUCCCAGCUUGCAGGCUGGUUAGUUUUUCAAAUAGAUUGUAAAUUUUAGCCCUU